GAGAGAGAGAGAGAGGCGACAGAGGCGAAGCAGCCCGGCUCUCCCACCUACCCCGCUGACUCCAAAGUUACUCCGGCCGUUAAUACUCGUCCCUUCCCGAUGCCACUCCUCCUCUCUCAACUCCAUUCCCUCUAUAUAUAUAAUGAUGCAGCGACUCGAGAACAGAUAUAGAGCAAAAAUCGUCCAGGAACUCGAGAAAAAGGAAAGAAGAUGGAGGGAGAGCUGAUGGCAGAGAUCAGUCACAGGUUGGUGGAAGUGAAUGGCAUCAACAUGCACAUAGCCGAGAAGGGGGAGGGCCCCGUAGUCCUCCUCCUCCAUGGCUUCCCGGAACUCUGGUACUCGUGGCGCCACCAAAUCCUCGCUCUCGCCGCCCGCGGCUACCGCGCCAUCGCCCCCGACCUCCGGGGCUUCGGCGACACCGACGCCCCUCCCGACGUCUCCUCCUACACCAUGUUCCACGUCGUCGGCGACCUCGUCGCCCUCAUUCACACACUUGGCCAGGAGAAGGUGUUCGUGGUGGGUCAUGACUGGGGGGCGCUGGUGGCCUGGAGCCUGUGCCUGUUUCGGCCCGACAAGGUGCGGGCGCUGGUGAACCUGAGCGUGGCCUUCCGGCCGAGGAGCCCGGACCGGAAGCCGGUGGAGACCUUCAGGGCUCUCUACGGUGACGACUACUAUAUUUGUACUUUCCAGGAACCCGGUCGAACCGAAGCUGAAUUUGCUCGCAUUCCUACUGCUUUGGUGAUCAAGAAGUUCUUGACUUAUCAUGAUCCAGCCCCUGUUAUUGUGCCCAAGGAGAAUGGGUUUGCAGCUUCCCCUGAUAAGGAAAUUACCCUGCCUUCUUGGUUGUCAGAAGAGGACGUCGACUAUUUUGCUAGCAAAUUUGAUAAGUCAGGCUUCACCGGAGGAUUGAACUACUACCGAGCUUUGGACUUAAAUUGGGAGCUCACAGCACCAUGGACUGGGAUGCAGAUUAAAGUUCCUGUUAAGUUUAUUGUGGGGAAUCAGGAUCUGAUAUACAACAUUCCAGGGGUUAAAGACUAUAUACACAAGGGCGGCUUCGAAAGAGAUGUACCUUUCUUAGAGGAUGUAGUUGUCAUAGAAGGCGCAGGGCACUUCAUUAACCAGGAGAAGCCACAGGAGAUCACUGAUCACAUCUAUGAGUUCAUUCAGAAAUUCUGAAUUGCUUAGCCAGCAGGCUCUGCGAUGCAUGCAUAAUUUAGUCGUGUGACCUUUGUCAUUAAUUAGUAUCUUCUUAAUCAUAUGAUCACUAUUUUUUCUUUACUUACAUGAAUUAGAUUUAAUCUUAUUUUGGUAAGGCAUACAGAAUGUAAGAAGAUAACUAGCAUUGAGCAUGCGAACUUUUCAUGUUCAAUGCUAGUGAACUUUUCAUCGAUGUGUAUACUUAUAAUCGUACAGAAUGAUCAUACUCUCAAGAUUGA